AAUUCGCGAGAAGUGUCAUGGCGUCGUGUUCUUUGUGCGAGGAGAUGAUAUGAGACGCAUGUAGUCAGUAGAUAAUAAUAUGGCAUUGCCGAACUAUCGCCAGGUUGCACAGCCCACUCCAGCAGUUCAGAGAGGGCGCUCUGCACCUGGCACACCUUCCGCUUCUGAGAAGGGCUCAGGCGGUAGCCCAUUCGUCCAGACCAGUCAUGGACAUCCCGGCUUUAAUCCUACGAAGGUUGGGAAAUCGGCCCCUAGUGACCCUAGGGUGCCGAAACCUCCCAAACCCCCAGACAAGCCUCUCAUGCCUUACAUGAGAUAUAGCCGUAAGGUGAGUAGGAAGGUAUGGGAACAAGUAAAGGCCUCCAACCCAGACCUCAAACUAUGGGAAAUCGGCAAGAUUAUUGGACAGAUGUGGAGAGACUUGAGUGAUGUCCAGAAACAAGAAUACAUGGACGAAUAUGAAACUGAAAAGGUUACAUACAAUGAGGCAAUGAAGUCCUACCAUAACUCUCCUGCUUACCAGGCUUGGGUAGCAGCAAAGGGAAAAGCCACUGAAGCUGCGGCUUUGGAGGAGGAGGAAUCUCGGGCCGAGAGAGCCACUGCUAGCUCCCGGCAGUCGGUAAGAGUAAUGAAUACCAAGAACAUGGACAUGCCCAGAAUAAGUAUUCAGCCUGCUGAAGAUGAAGAUGACUUGGAUGAUGGUUUCUCGGUGAAGCAUAUCGCUCAUGCUCGCUAUCAGCGCAAUCAUCGGCUCAUCAAUGAAAUCUUCAGUGAUAGUGUGGUUCCUGAUGUGCGGACAGUGGUCACUACAGGCAGAAUGAGUGUGCUCAAGAGGCAGGUCCAGUCUCUCACAAUGCAUCAGAAAAAACUGGAAUCCGAGUUACAACAGAUAGAAGAGAAACACGAAGCAAAGAAAAGGAGAUUCUGCGAGUCAAGUGAAGGUUUCCAUGAAGAGCUAAAAAAACUAUGUGAGAACAAGCCCCAGGUGACAGAAGAUAUGUUCAAUGGCAUGAUAUCAAAGGCGAGAGAGGACAUGCGUCAACGGCAUCAACAACUCAUUCAGCAACAGGAAGAGGAGAAGAAGAAGCAGCAGCUGCGUGAUGAAGAGAGAAAGAAAAAGGAGGAAGAAGAUAGAAAGAAGGAAGAAGAAGAGAGGGAGAAAUCUCAAGAGGAACAGAUGGACGUUGAUCAGGCUGAGAAAGAGGCUGCACCACAGCUGACAGUUAAUGGCACGGACACAAAACCAAAAGAAAAUGGAGUGGACUCAACCCUUAACUCAGAUGUGGACAGUAACUCGAUGGAUGUGGAGGAAGCAAAACCAGCAGAUGCCGCAAACACCGAAAUGAACAAGGUAUGUGCUGAGCCAGACAGUACAGUUGAAACUCAGUCAGCUGCUCCAGCCUCAGUACCAGCCGAAUCGGAACCAGAGAUACCAUCAGCUACAAUGCCAACUCAGGUGCAAGACACACCUGAUGCUACAAACACGACAGACAAGCCUGAGAACCCUUCCAAUUCUACUCAGCUGCCCACAAGCUUAGAACAAGAGAACAAGGAGGUGUCUGAUCCACCAGUGAAAGAGACAGACACGCCAAAAGAAUCUGCUCCAGAAGAAGAAGAAGAAAAAACCUCUAUGCAGCUAUGACCUGCAACUUAGAAUUCAAUAUGAAUGAAGUAAUAUGUUACAAUUCAUUAAAUUUGCUGUUGUGCUAAACAGUAUUCUGUGUACAUUUUUUAGAGAAGACCUGUUGGGAUUGGGUACAUAUGUAAGGUAAAGUUAUUGAAGUUUGAAGUAAGAAUCAUGUUUGUAUGCAAACAAUUUUAAUGUCGAAAUUAUGAGCAUUUGAAAAGACUGUUCCAGUCUAAUUUAUUAAUAAAUGUGUAGGUCAGAAAUGUUAUUCACUAUGUUUAAAUAUCAAUGUUUGUCCUAGUUUUAUCCAUGUUAUCUGAGGGCGUAUGUUCUUGCGUCUCUGUCAUUUUAUUGUCUGCAUUUUCAUACCAUUUAUGUCAUGUCAUAUAUCAUGCUAGAAUAAAAUGUAUCAUAACUGA